AGCUAAGAUGCUUGUGUGUAAUUUUGUCUGGUUGUAUUUUGAUAUCAUCCCAAACACUUCAAGGUGGCCAGGACAGUGAUUAGGCUUCAAAUAUCAGCAACCGACCUCUGGUAGUUCCACUGUUUUCGGCAGGCUGCAGUGUGAAACAUCUGUGUAUGGAUGUAAAAAAUGGUGAAACCUUUUAGAGAGGUCCUCCUUACUGGAGGUUUUAUCUUUGCCUUGAGUUUGUUGAUGAGUUUUUGCUUCUUUUUCUUUUUGCCUGGACCACAGUCGUCAUUAGUUUGUUGCCAGUAACUAGUCCAAUACAGACGGAUCUAUGACGAGUGACUACAGGUGUGCGGACCAUGAAGCUGUUCUUCAUAUGAGAGGAUGAUGCGUUCCUGCUAAAGUAGGUAGUAUAAAAAAGGUGAAACAUCUGUUAAUGGUGGUGACCAGUGGAGGAGUGGGAGUUAAACUGCAGGUUGGAAAGUAAAAACAAUUAACUAAGUACCUUAUAAAUUGUGAACUGAUGAUGGUGUGAGCACUAAAGAAAAAGUAUAUUUCUUGUAAUACGCCACGAUUUCUCUUGUUAUUGUGUAAAGGUGUGACCAUCCACAUCUUUGCAUUUCACCAUAUCCUUCUGAACGAUGCACCUAUCUGCACAACCUCCUCACACUUUUUAUCCUCUGAUUUAGUUUGACUUUAUUCACGGCAUUUUGACUAUAGUCUCGAAAGGCAGAAUGAAAAUAAAUCUUUCUCUUCUUAACUUUCCCUUAUGCCUGUGUGAUACUCAGAGUUAACACACAAUAAGGAAGUUACAAGUUGUUCCUCUGACACGUUGCGCCUCCUCCCUCACAUGAUUGACAGCGGACAAGCCCCGCCCCGGAGGCGCCUGACGCUGAACCGCAGCCCCUUCUCUUCACAUCCAGUCCCGCACGGCUCCAUUUUCUUUCUUGUUAUUGACGAGCUGAGGAGGAAAGAUUUGGAAAAAUGAAUGAAGAAUACGACGUCAUCGUCCUGGGCACCGGACUCACGGAAUGCAUUUUAUCCGGCAUCAUGUCAGUGAAGGGGAAGAAAGUCCUGCACAUGGACCGCAACUCCUACUACGGAGCGGAGAGCGCAUCCAUCACACCGCUGGAAGACCUCUACAAGCGCUUCAACAUUCCGGGCAGUCCUCCUGAUUCAAUGGGAAAAAGCCGCGAUUGGAAUGUGGAUCUCAUCCCUAAAUUCCUUAUGGCCAAUGGUCAGCUGGUCCGCAUGCUGCUGAUCACACAGGUGACUCGCUACCUGGAGUUCAAAGUGGUGGAGGGCAGCUAUGUGUACAAGGGGGGGAAGAUCUACAAAGUCCCCUCUACUGAGACUGAAGCUAUGACAUCACUUCUGAUGGGCCUGUUUGAGAAACGGCGCUUCAGAAAGUUCCUCUUGUUCAUCUCCAACUUUGACGUGAACGACCCCAAAACCAUGGAUGGCGUCGACCCCAACAAGACAUCGAUGAAGGCCAUUUUCCAAAAGUUUAGCCUGAGCCAGGACGUGAUUGACUUCACCGGCCACUCCCUGGCUCUCUACCGCACAGAUGAUUACCUGGAACAACCUUGCAUCGACACGAUAAACAGGAUAAAGCUGUACAGUGAGUCUCUGGCCAAAUAUGGCAAGAGUCCGUACCUGUACCCCCUGUACGGCCUGGGAGAGCUGCCACAAGGCUUCGCCAGGCUGAGUGCCAUCUAUGGUGGGACGUACAUGUUGAAGAAGCCCAUCGAGGAGAUUGUGGUGGAGAACGGGAAGGUGGUGGGAGUCAAGUCCGAGGGAGAGAUCGCCCGGUGCAAGCAGCUGAUCUGCGACCCCAGUUAUCUCAUAGAGCGCACCAGCAAAGUGGGUCAGGUGAUCCGAGUCAUCUGCAUUUUGAAUCACACCAUCAGCAACACCAGCGACAACAACUCCUGCCAGAUCAUCAUCCCCCAGAAUCAGGUCAACAGGAAGCACGACAUCUACGUUUGUAUGAUCUCCUCUGCUCACAACGUGGCGGCACAGGGUAAAUACACCGCCAUCAUCAGCACUACAGUGGAGACGAACGACCCCGAGAACGAGAUCAAACCGGCCCUGGACCUGCUGAAGCCCAUCGAGCAGAAGUUCGUCAGCAUCACUGACCAGUACGAACCAACCGACAUGGGCACUGACAGCCAGAUUUUCAUCUCCCGCUCCUAUGACGCCACCACUCACUUCGAGACCACCUGCGACGACAUCAAGGACAUCUACCGCAGGAUGACGGGCUCAGACUUUGACUUUGCCGAGAUGGAGCGCAGGAAGCAGGACAUCUUCGGCGACGCCGCAGAGUAGAGGCAUUAGAGAUUCAGAUUAUCAAAGACAACGCUGCCGACGUCGGAAAUCUUACAAAAAUUAGAAAAUUUACUAAAAAAUGUACACAUCAAUGGGCUGCCUGAUUAUCCAAGUAUAUGGUCGGCCCAUUGAGGAAAUUCAUGAUAUAUAUAGAUAUGAUAUAGCAUUGUUGGAUAGGGUUCAGGAGAUAUGCUUUGUCACAUCACAUUAAGAUUCUACUGCCCAGUCCAAAGAUGCCAAAUACACAACCGUCAUUCAAAAUCAGCAGAAUGUUCCAGAUCGGGAGGGUGUGGAGGGGAAUCCAAUUUUUCUGUCGUUAAAGGUGCCAUAAAAGGUGCUUGGAAAAUAUGUAAUAUCUCCACGAAAGUUAUUUUUCUCUGCAGGUAUCGUUUCUGGAAGUGGCUUGGUGUUGUGAGUCUGAAUAAAAUCAUGUGUGCAGCUGAACAGGGUUUGGGGCGACAGCCGAGCACGGUCCCCUCUGACCUCAACCAGCUUCCAUCGUCAAAUUGUCACUGUGAAAUCAAAUGGAAAUGGGGAGUGGGCUUGAUAUUGUAUUGUUGUCUGAUCCUCCAGCACGACGAGGCAGUAAAACUAAACCAAACCACAAGGUGAUGAAGUCCAGCAUAAAGUACCUGAACCUGUUCUCAACAGUCAGUUAAUAUAAAGCAGAAGUGGAGAUGUAUUCGCUCUGGUUUUAUGCAAACUGGUGGGAUCCCGGAGCAUUAAAAGCAGAGUGAUGGGAGAGUGUGUUGACUGUAAUUUGCUUCAGAAGGACCAAAUGUGUACUGCAGCAGUAUUGAACUGAUGAGAGCCUUGUGAUAUCUCCAUAUCGUGUUGAAAGAAGAAGAAACAUCUUGUGCUCAAAUGAUUUCUGUACUGCAAAGUAAAAAAACAACUUUGUCAAAAACAAA